AUGACCACUUCUGGAAGUGCUAUGCUCGCACAACUUAAAAAUGAGACGGAGGAACUACAAGAUCUUAAUUUCAACAACAAAAACAUACUUUCCGCUUACUUAAGUGUCAAAAGACUGAUCAGUGUGAUGAACUCAGUGCGCAAACACUCUUUUACACUAGAGAGAAAAUCUACGAAUACUAUAUCCGAAUACCACAAGAUACAUAAAUCACUUUUGGACAUAGAGUUCGAACUAGACUUCAAGAUCAGAUCACGCAAACUACAUUAUUUGCCUACGAUCGAAGUGGAUGAAGCAAAAGUAGGAAAGUCAAGCAAUCGAGAGCCAUUGCAUGCAAUUCAAAUAAUCUCCCCGGAAGAUGAUGAACCUAUUGAUUCUCUCAAGCAGCGAUUACUAUCUACGGGAAAUGAGCCCUCACAAUUGGAUUCUAUUCACACCGCUCAAAUUCAAAAUGAAAAGCACGAGUCGUUCCAAAAGGAAAUGAUAGACUCCUUGCCCUUGAUGGUGUCAUCAUUGAAGAACCAGGCAUCGAAAUUUCAGCAGAUGCUUAAAGAAGACGCAAUUAUACUCAAAGAGGCAUCAGAGAAUUUCGAAUCAUCCAAAAGCGUAUUUGAUAGAGUUAACACCACCCUAUCAAAAUACCAUCGCGAAGGUAGGCUUGGAUUAUGGUUUUACGUGCGUGUCAUUCUUUUUGUCUUCCUCACAUUUGCGUUUUUCAUUUUCCUGAUUAGACUCAUUCCCGCAAGAUAUUAA